AUGGCUGGCGAUCACACAAGACUUGAAUUCCAUAACAUAGAGACGGGGAUCAUAACAGAGCGCCGCUACUUGUCCUCAGUCCCCUCCAACUUCAUUGGACACCUGCAAAGCCUCACCUUUAACGGCAUGGCAUACAUUGACUUGUGUAAAAAUGGGGACAUUGAUUACUGUGAGCUCAAUGCCCGCUUUGGCUUCAGGAACAUCAUCGCAGACCCGGUCACCUUUAAGACAAAAGCCAGCUAUGUUGCCCUGGCCACAUUGCAAGCUUAUACCUCUAUGCACCUGUUUUUCCAGUUCAAAACAACGUCGUUGGAUGGGUUAAUACUCUACAACAGCGGAGAUGGAAAUGACUUUAUCGUGGUUGAGUUAGUGAAAGGGUGCGUACAAAACUCACAACACAACAAUACAGAUUAUAUUAACCAUAAAAGCUGAGUGGAGCUUCCAGAUUCAGGGGGCAGGGUGUUAGACUAGACUGACCUCAGGUCUGAUCAAGCAAAUUGACUGCUCUUAUUUCCCUUAAAAUCAGACAGCUACUACUACUACUACUACUACUAUUAUUAUUAUUAUUACACUCUUCACCCUUAGGGCGGGGUUACUAAUAAUAAUAAUAAUAAUAAUAAUAAUAAUAAUUUAUACUACGCCUAUCUGGCUGGGUUGUUAAAAACAGCUUAUAAUCACAGAAAAAAGGUGGUCAUGAAAAUACACAUCUCAAGUGUCAAAAGCCAAGUGAGUUGUGCUUGACACUUGCAAAAACCCACAAUAGAUGGGUGUCAGCACCCAACUAACGCCUUGCCUACUUUACAAACUCAGGCUUCUUAAUGGCAGAAAGAGAGCUAUAGUGCUUCCCAUACCUCUCUCCCAACAUUUUCCCUCUCUCAACAUUUAGCUAAGACCAGAUCCCCUGUAUAUUCCCCAUUCUCAUCUUACUAUCUCUUGCUCAAAACAAGGCCCGAGGUUGGUGGAUGGGGACAUAUUUGUCCCCAUGAACGAAACAACAUUGCUCAAAAGGUUGUAUGUAUUCCUUCUGACCUAAAGUCAGCUGCCCAAAGUGCCGUGGCAAAUUGGGCCCUUCACAACCUAGAAAAGUUGUGAAUGAUAUUGUCUCAGAAGUCUUAAGAGGUGCAAUUUCUGUGCAGUGGGCAGUAAGGAAGAAAAGAGCUCUUCUUCAAUAUUGCCAGGCAUCAUCAUCCCCAUCACAAAAUUUAUUACCUGCCCUUCAGCAGCAGACCUCAGGGCUUGUUACAAUAAUUUAAAUAUCACUAUUAAAAACCCCUGUUAAAGCAAAUCACAACCAUAGAAAUAGGAAGGGCUGCACUCCUCAAAAACUCAGGUUUAUAGAUUUAAGCAUUUAGAAGUUACUAUGACUCUCCUUCCCCAAGGAACCCUGAAUCAGCUAUUUCGUCAAGAGGGCUGAAACUCCAGCAAUCAAUUCCCUACAAUCAGGAGGAAACCAUGAACUAGUAUAAAAUGGAGGUAAAGGUAAAGGGACCCCUGACCAUUAGGUCCAGUCGUGGCCGACUCUAGGGUUGCAGCGCUCAUCUUGCUUUAUUGGCUGAGGAAGCCGGCGUACAGCUUCCGGGUCAUGUGGCUUCUGGCGAAGCAGAGCAGCACACGGAAACACCGUUUACCUUCCCACCGGAGUGGUACCUAUUUAUCUACUUGCACUUUGAUGUGCUUUCGAACUGCUAGGUUGGCAGGAGCAGGGACUGAGCAAUGGGAGCUCACCCCAUCGCGGAGAUUCGAACCACCAGCCUUCUGAUUGGAAAGUCCUAGGCUCUGUGGUUUAACCCACAGCGCCACCCACAUCCCAUAAAAUGGAGGGGUAGCAUCAAUAUGGUCUUAGAGGAUUGGGGGUCGGUCCACUGGGGCAAAUGGGGCACUCCACCAACUGCACUUAUCUAUCUAGGGAUGUGGGUGGUACUGUGGGCUUGCUGACUGGAAGGUCAACGGUUCGAAUCCCCGUAACGGUCUUCUGCCAACCUAGCGGUUCGAAAGCACAGUGGUGCAAGUAGAUAAAUAGGUACCGCUGCAAUGGGAAGGUAAAUGGUGUUUCUGUGCAAUCCAGUUUCGGUCAUGGUGUCCCGUUGUGCCAGAAGCAGUUUAGUCAUGCUGACCACAUGAUCCGGAAAGUUGUCUGUGGACAAACGCCGGCUCCCUCGGCCUGAAAGUGAGAUGAGCGCCGCAACUCCAUAGUCACCUUUGACUGGACUUAACUAUCCAGGGGUCCUUUACCGUUUACCUUACUUAUCUAUCUGCACUUAUCCAGCCCUACCUGCCUGCCUUUUUACUUACAACCCAUCAAGGUGUAUCAUUGGAUCUGACACAACCUACUGUUGGCCCCUGUUCCUUCUGCCCUGCCAGUCCCAAUGGGCACCACCCUCCAUUGUCUUACAAGAUAGACAAUCUGUCAUUUUUUUUGUAUGUUUACUUAUAGGGAGUUUUGUAUGGGCUGUUGUUAUACCAUUCCCAAACCAGCCUUAUAAAAAUGUUCCUGCUGUUGCAAGUUACAACUAGGAAGACAUCAGCUGGCUGAAGACCUUCUGAAUUUUCAAAAAGUUUAAACGAAGCGAGGCAUGAGAAUGAAGAGCUGUCAGUUUCAUUCAUUUACUUCUUCCAGGGGGAAUGAAAUCAUUUGGCUGUUUAUUUAUUUAUUUUUGCUCCCUGUUUUCAGGUAUUUACAUUACGUGUUUGAUCUGGGAAAUGGUGCAAAUCUUAUCAAGGGAAGUUCCAAUAAACCCCUGAAUGACAACCAGUGGCACAAUGUGAUGAUAUCGCGGGACACCAAUAACCUCCACACAGUGAAGAUUGACACAAAAAUCACAACGCAGAGCACAGCAGGAGCAAGAAACCUAGAUCUCAAAAGUAAGUGACAUUGCUAUUUAUAGAAAUAAUCUGCUAGGAGGACAGGCUGCAACAUUGCAUUUUGAUGUGCCUUGUACAUUUGUAGGAAACGUAGAGAGAUAUGCUGUAUUUAUUUACUGGGCCAACUCCGGUGGCAAAACACCUGCAAACCUGUGAGCUGCAGAGCAUUAUUCCAAAGGCAUAAGUGUUCAAAGGAAAAUGGAUCAGGUGUGGUUAUAAAUUCUGCUUUGUAGCCAGGCUGUGGGAUUGAUUUCUGGCAGGGGGGAACAGCUUGAUAUUGUAUGGAUCUGCUCUAGCUGCUGCAGGUAGCACAAACAUCACUGUGCCAAACGGCAGCCAGUAUUUGUCUCUGUUCUCUCCUCCGGGGAGACCCAAAUGUGAAAAUGUCACUGAAUAACUGGGUCUUAUCAGUUUCCCCCAGUGAACGUAGCAUAUUCCUCCUGGCAGAGAGCAGUCCCAAAUAGACUGCAAGUUGGGGGGAUAUUCUGAUUGGUGUGUGGUGUGUGUGUGUGUGUGUGUGUUGCCCGUUCAUUUGCACAAGGAGCAAAUUAGUUGCAUCCUAGAAAAUCUCUGUUGAGGAGACACCCGCAUCUCAAUGGUUACAGGCCCUGGAGUUAAGAGGGUAGAUCCUGGGAGAAGUUUGAGGAGCUUAUCAUUUUGUAUAGGCAAGAAGAAACAGUUUCACCCUAAUAAGAAAGGGUGCGCACAAAUGUGGGUGCCCCUGUUCAAAUGAUAAUAAUAAUAAUAUAUUUUUUAUUUAUAUACUGGCCAUGUGGCUGGGUUUUCCCAGCCACUCUAGGCGGCUCCCAUCAGAAUAUUAAAAACACAAUAAAACAUCAAACAUCAAAAACUUCCUUAAACAGGGCUGCCUUCAGAUUUCUUCUAAAAGUCAGAUAGUUGUUUAUUUCCUUGACAUCUGAUGGGAGGGCGUUCCACAGGGUGGGCGCCACUACCGAGAAGGCCCUCUGCCUGGUUCCCUGUAACUUGGCUUCUCUCAUUGAGGGAACCGCCAGAAGGCCCUCAGUGCUGGACCUCAGUGUCUAGGCUGGAUGAUGGGGGUGGAGACAUUCCUUCAGGCAUACAGGGCCAAGAAAACGCACUGAUCUAAUGUUCACAAGCAGGAUCAAAGUGUGCCUCAGUCCUCUGUAUGGCAUUCCUUCCCCUCACCCCUUCCCCAAGGAAAGGUGGUGACAGUUGGCAUCCUUUAGGUCCUGGGAGACAAUAUUGUUUCCUGCCAGGGAUUACUAGACCCAGAAUUCCUGGUAGGGAAAAGUUCCUUGGGAAGUGCAUGCUGAUGGCAAGGAGCAAGCUAUUAUUCAGAAGUAGUGGUUUGAUUGGGAACUGGAGGUGCUUCAGAAGCUUAUCAAGGAUUCAUCAGCAAGAAGAUCGAUAAAAGACAACAAGUUUCCCUGAAAGACUGCAAUGCAAGUGUAUUAUCUGCCAUCAAGCUAUAUUUCAGAUUGCAGUCUUUCUUCCUUUACCAGCAUUUGCUGAUAGUUAACAAAGAUUCUGAGCUCCCCGGGGACACAAGCCAUUGCUAGGAUAUCUUUGCUGAUAUUUCUCGUAGCUGUGUGAGGUGGCAGAAAUUUCCAUGGAAAUAAAAAGGAGAGUUUUUGCAAACCUCCACUCAUACGGUGGGCUUGUGAUGCAGUUUGUAUCAUGCUUUGUUAGUGUGUGGUAGAUUGGAUACAUAGGAAAUUAAGCAUCCGUUGCCUUAUCUUCUAACUUUGUAGUUAGAAUAGCAGCAUACACACACACACACACACACACAAGAGGUACCUGCUGAUUUAUUUUGGUGGUAGUGACGAUUGUGUGAUUUGCUAAAAUGGUUAGGCAUCCUUUCCAUUACCAAAGGGGAGUUCCAUCCCCAAAGUUCACUCAGCUUUACCAGUACAGUGGUACCUCGGAAGUCUAACGGAAUCCAUUCCAGAAGUCCGUUCGACUUCCAAAAUGUUCGGAACCAAGGUGCAGCUUCUGAUUGGCUGCAGGAAGCUCCUGCAGCCAAUCGGAAGCUGCGGAAGCUACAUCAGACGUCCGGGUUCCAAAGAACAUUCACAAACCAGAACACUCACUUCUGGGUUUGUGGCAUUCAGGAGCCAAAACGUUUGACUCUCAAGGUGUUCAGUAUCCAAAGUCCGACUGUAUUAACAUUCACCACCAUCAGCAAACAUCUUUGGCUCUGCUACAUUUUUGGAAUCAGACUUGAGACGUGGUGCAAUCGGUUCCAUUUACAAAGUACAAAAUGGCCAAGUUGCCUACUUUCAGUAGGAUAGUAUGUAUAAAAAAUAAAUCCUGCCCUCAUACCUUAUGCCCACUGACUUCUUUCAAAAGUUUCUUUGCACAGCCUGCUUCCUGCAGUCAUCAUUUGAUCACAGGUGUGGCUGCAUGAUCUGUAUAGGCAGUGCUGCCAUUGGGGAUGUGCUUGAAUGAAGAGUACAUGCACAUAAAGUGGCUUUAUAAUCAGUUAAGAUCAGGCAUAGGCAAACUCGGCCCUCCAGGUGUUGUUUUGAGACUACAAUUCCCAUCAUCCCUGACCACUGGUCCUGCUAGCUAGGGAUGAUGGGUGUUGUAGUCCCAAAACAUCUGGAGGGCUGAGUUUGCCUAUGCCUGGUUAAGAUCAACUGUAAGCAUUGCAAGUUUCCAGGCUGGAAGCUCAAUGCUGUGUGAACUCUGUGCUGCUAUGAGGAAGCAAUUUGUGAUUUAAAAAAUAAAGAAAUUUCAUCACUGUUUUCAUGAGAAUUUUUCCUAAUAAACACAUUUUUGUUUGCAGAUUUGACUAAUAUACAAAUUCUUGCAAGCAGGUUCCCCUAACAUAAUGUCUUUUUGACUGUUUUAUUUUCAUUAAUAUGUGGAUUUAUAGGAACAAUUUACCCCAGUAUAUGCAUUUUUCUUCCCAUUAUUUGGCUGGUAUAUAUAUAUAUAUAUAUAUAUAUAUAUGGAAAAGUGCUAACAUUAAAAGAUGGCUGCUUGUUUCACCUAUAAAUGGAAACUGAAUCAAAUUUAUCCUCCACCCUGAUCUAGCAAUACUUUCUUCUUUUGCCAAUCCCCUUCUGAGAACUGACCUGGAUUCCAACUGCAGAAAAAUCUCUCCAAAACUUGGAGGUUGUUUGCUCACCUCUACACAAUUUGGUUCAGCUGAAAUCCCCAUGUUUCUUUUUCAUUUCCAAGCGUUAUACCUGACUUUACAGAUACCAUGCUUAGUAAAAGCACUAGAGGGCACCAUUAUGUCAUAAAAUAUCCUUCCUGGUGCAGUCUCAGGGAAGAGAAGCGGGGGGGGGGGGGAUCUCGCUGCAGUUCAACUCCGCUGAAAUAUCCAGCCUAGUUCUUUUUGUUUCCUCCACGUUCCAAAUUCUGUAAUAAUAACCCUUCCGUGCAAAAUCUUUCCCACAGGGUUUCUAACCUUGAGGCUUCUAACAAAAGCACUAAAACAAGCAUAUUGACAUUUUAAACUAGGGAGUGGAAGUGUAAACACUUGUAGCGGUCGUCUCUCCUGACUGGCCUCGUUGAGACAGAUUUGGGGGACGCAGUGCCUGUUAUUUCAGAUGGCAUUUGAAGUUAUGACCUUUGCAGGGGCAGUAUUUCUUUCUUCUGUCUUACUGCGUGCAGAAACCUCUGACAUAACCCAAAAUGUAAGCAAGGCUCCCCUCCCACCUCCCAAUUCCUCGUCUAUUUUGUAGAAGGUGUUUUGUAUUUAUUUAUUUCCAUUUCCCCUUCAGAUUUUUAUUCUUAUUCUCCUUUCCUUUGUCUGAAAAAGGCCUCUUGUAAAACAUAAUAAUAAUAAUAAUAAUAAUAAUAAUAAUAAUAAUUUAUUAUUUGUACCCCAUCUGGUUGGCUUUCCCCAGCCACUCUGGGCAGCUUCCAACAAAGAUUAAAAAUACAGUGGUACCUCAGGUUACAUACGCUUCAGGUUACAGACUCUGCUAACCCAAAAAUAGUACCUCGGGUUAAGUACUUUGCUUCAGGAUGAGAACAGAAAUCGCACGGCAGCGGCACUGCAGCAGUGGGAGGCCCCAUUAGCUAAAGUAGUGCUUCAGGUUAAGAACAGUUUCAGGUUAGGAAUGGACCUCUGGAAUGAAUUAAGUACAUAACCAGAGGUACCACUGUACAUUAAAAUGUCACACAUUAAAAACUUCCCUGAACACCGGGUGGUUGUUUAUCUCUUUGACAUCUGAUGGGAGGGCGUUCCACAGGGUGGGUGCCACCACUGAGAAGGCCCUCUGCCUGGUUCCCUGUAGAUUUGCUUCUCACAGUGAGGGAACCACCAGAAGGCCCUCGGCGCUGGACCUCAGCAUCCAGGCAGAACGAUGGGGGUGGAGACGUUUUAUGUGUGCAUGUGGAUACAUACAUACUCUUCAAGUGUCCCAAUUUUCCAUGAAUAGUCCUGGAAUUCCGAAAGCCACCCCAGCUUCUGAUUUGAUCCUAGAAUAUCCCGACUUUUACCAGUGCUGCUCCCACCGAGCUCAGGGAGGAGGAUGUGUCAGUAGUGGUCAUCAGAGAGCAUCCCGUUGCCUCUCUGUGGCCACCACUUCUGGCCUCCUUCCAUGGGCAGCUUGUGGUGGCUGCUGGAAGAAGAGCUUGGAUUUAAUAUCCCGCUUUAUCAUUACCCGAAGGAGUCUCAAAGCGGCUAACAAUCUCCUUUCCCUUCCUCCCCCACAACAAACACUCCGUGAGGUGAGUGGGGCUGAGAGACUUCAGAGAAGUGUGACUAGCCCAAGGUCACCCAGCAGCUGCAUGUGGAGGAGCGGAGACGCGAACCCGGUUCACCAGAUUACAGGUCUACGGCUCUUAACCACUACACCACACUGGCUCUCACUGCUGGAGAGCAGGUGAAGAGGAGGAGGAGAGGUUUGGGCCACCAACGCCCCAGCCAGCCACCUCAGAGGAGUCUGUCUGCCUCCUCCCACUCAGGCACCCAAGCCACUGCUUUACUCCCGGUAGAGACGCAUGGCUCAGGUGCGCUGCAGGCCCCGCGUUGAGUGCCGCCCGGCACUUUGUCACCCCCCCUCAGUGGUGGCACCAGGGGUGGCCCACCCUCACUGCCCCCCCUUCCUCCACUCCUGGCCCCAGCCCCACGAGAUGCAUCAGCUCCCUGGGAGGGAAGAAAGGGGAAGCAAAGUGGAGCACAAGGAGUCUGGAAUUUGUUUAUUAUUAUUAUUAUUUUUAAAAAAGCUUUGUGUGUCUAUGUCCAAUAUUGGCCCUUUCUAAAAAUAUAUUUAUUUAUUGGUGUGUGCUUUUCCUUUUGUAAAUUUUCAAAUUUGGUUCCCUCUGUUUCUCAUUUUCCCCAUCUUAAAUUCAGCUAUUCUCAUUUCUGCAGCAAUUUGCGGUUUGUUUAUUUAUUUUAAUUAAGGGGGCGUUGCUCGGUCCCUGCUCUUGCCAACCUAGCAGUUUGAAAGCAUGUCAAAGAGCAAGUAGAUAAAUAGGUACCGCUCCGGCGGGAAGGUAAACGGCGUUUCCGUGCGCUGCUGUGGUUCACCAGAAGUGGCUUAGUCAUGCUGGCCACAUGACCUGGAAUCUGUACUCCGGCUCCCUCGGCCAGUAAAGCGAGAUGAGCACUGCAACUCCAGAUUCGGCCACGACUGGAGCUAAUGGUCAGGGGUCCCUUUACCUUACCUGAAAACCCGCCAGCAUUUCAGUGUGAAUUUCUCCCGAUGAAACACAUUUUUGUUUCAAUUUUGUGACCAAGGUGCCAUUUUCACUAAACACAUUCAUUUUUAUGUGCACUUUCCUCUAAUUAUAUAUGCUUUUCGGUACACAUUCUUUUUUGGGGGGGCGGGGGGAGCUCCAUCAAAAAAAUAGGAAUAGUGUGAAUUUUGAAGGAUACUUUUGUUCCACUUUGCAUGUUGUUCUGAAAAGUGUGACGUAGGUAGAUUUUCCUUUAAAUGUGAACCGAAAUGAAUCCCCACCCCCAUCCCUACAUUUCUGGGAUUCUGUAGCUCCAUUCAGGUAAUAAAAGGGCCCUCACUGAUCCUACCAACUUCCAUACAUAGCGGGGGGUGGGGAGGUAAGUCAGUGGGAAACAUAAUGUAUUUCUUUAGGUUUUUCUCCAUUAUUUGGAAAUCUGUAUGGUUUGCUAUUGUGCAGGAAGUUUAGAUCUGGCUCCCUGGUGCGAGCCUUCUCCAAUGCAGGCACGCGAUGACAUGAACUACAAUGCAGAAAUUCGCCUCUCGCAUGAUUCGAAGCACAUGGGGUCUUUAACACCUGAUCAGGGCUUGCCUGUGCUCUUUCUGGUCUCAUAUUGUUUCACCAGGGGAAGACAGGGUAUUUGCUGCCUGAAAGCUAAGAGGGAAGUGAAAUAACCAACUGUGUUUGGAAUAACCUCCUUCUCUCACUUGGGAUAUAGUACUCUAAAGCCUGCCUACACACUGUACAUUUAAAGAAGAUUUAAAAUACAUGACUUCUCCCGAAGUUCCUUUCUUGGCAACUGUACUUUGUUAAGGGUGCUGGAAAUUGUAGUUCUGUAAGGGAUAAACUACAGUUCCCAGGAUUCUUUGGGGGAAGACUUGUGCUUUGAACGUAUGGUGUGUAUGCAGCCUAAAUGCCCUACAAGCUUUGCAUGGGAGUUUCUUUCUGCUUUCCCCUGCUUUAGACCUCCGUCAAUUGCCUUUCUGGCAUCAGCAGCCGCUACACCAACCCCGACUCUCCUCUCAGAACUAUUUGCAUGCCUAGAGACAAACACAACUCACACUAAUAAGGUGGCAAAGAUUAGCAGUUCUGGAAGCAAAGGGUCAAAAAUGACUACGGUCAUAGUAAAAAGGAAAAGGGACCCCUGACCAUUAGGGCCAGUCGUGACCGACUCUGGGGUUGUGACGCUCAUCUCGCUUUAUUGGCCGAGGGAGCCGGCGUACAGCUUCUGGGUCAUGUGGCCAGCAAGACUAAGCCGCUUCUAGCAAACCAGAGCAGCGCAUGGAAAUGCCGUUUACCUUCCUGCCAGAGCGGUACCUAUUUAUCUACUUGCACUCUGACGUGCUUUCGAACUGCUAGGUUGGCAGGAGCAGGGACCGAGCAACGGGAGCUCACCCCGUCGCAGGGAUACGAACCGCUGGCCUUCUGAUCAACAAGUCUUAGGCUCUGCGGUUUAACCCACAGCGCCACCCGCGUCCCUAUGGUCAUAGUAGUUAGGAGAAAAAUAAGCGAGUAAGGGGCCCUUUAAAUGCUCCUCUGGAUAUGUGAGAAAUGAAGGGAUGUCUGGUUCUGCGAGCAAUGAACAGGAAAACUCACAGAGCAGGCCUUAACUCAGUGGCAGAAGAUCUGCUUAGCAUUCAAAAGGUCCUGAAUUUAAUCCCUGGCAUCUCCAUGAAGGACUUGGAGAAUUUGCCACCUGGAACCCUGGAGAACCGCUGCCAGUCUUUGUAGACAAUACUGAGCUAACUGGGCCAAUGGGCUGAUUCAAUAUGAGACUGCUUCUUAUGUUCCUGUGCUUUACCCCAGACUUCAGUGCUCCCUUGUGCAAUGCCUUCUCCUGUUUCAUAUUUCCAAGAACCUUAAAGACUGAGAGACUGAAGAAAUGUGAUAAAAGGAAGAAGGGGCCAUGGGUUGUCUUAGAGCUAUAAUGGGAUUGCAUUGGGGAAGAUGAUGAGAAGGAGCAGCUGGAGUAUCUGAAAGGGAAAAUGGCCUGGAGGACUGGUUCGGUGGGGGUGGAGAGGGAAGAUAGAGUUAAGCAUGGGAGGCUAGAGAAAGGAAGAAAAAGCCAGAAGAAGGUGUAAUUCAAAUGGAGAGAAAGUAUGGAUGAUAGUGCAGAAGGGUGGGGACAUGUGGAUGCUGUCGCCCCCCCCCCCAAUACCACAAAUGUGUGAGAUCACUUUUCAGUAGUGAGGAAAUAACCAUGAAGAUAAUGGGAAAGGCUUUCCACUUACGGCAUCCAUUUCUUGCACUGUUAUCUUGGUUGAAAAUGGCCUCUUUCUAUACUGUAGCUUAGCAUUAUAUUCACAAGCAUCCCCUCCUCUGAAAGAGAUUGGAAGUUCUUGUUUUCAGUUAGUUGUGUUUUAGCAUUUCACAUAAAUCUUAAAUGGUAGUUAUCCUUAACUAUGUUUUAUUGAAACAAACUGGUUUCAUGAACCAUACUUGGGCUGACUUCUUUCCAGUGCACCACGGUUAAGUCCAACCACAGUUUGUCCAGUUUUCAGACAUAACGGCAAACUGUGGUUAGUCAAAUAUAAAAGUGAAGGCUUCUGAUUUCCUCCAUGCUGCUCCACUGGAGGAGGAAAGGGAACAGAGAAUGCAUAAGGCCUUUUUUUAGGCUAAACCAUAGUUUAGAAUUUCAUCUGAAAGCAAUCCUUUUUAUUUUUCUGCAUUAUUUUAAGCUCUCUGGUAGUGCAAAUUCAUGAAUACCAAACAUAAAUACAUAUGCAUACUAGAUUUUUUUAAAAACCCUCUCACUUUUGAGUGUUUUCAACCAUUAUCAUUGUCGUUGUUUUUUUCAAAUCAUUUUUAUUAAAAACAAUUGUGUUACAAAACAAAUAGACAAGAAGUACAUAUAGUGUCUCCACUUUCAAUUCAUAGAGUCUUUUUCACAUUUCAUAUACAUUCGGUUUGAGACACUAUUGUCAUAGACUUGGGGGGGGCAAAGAGAAGGGGAGAGAUUCGAUUUGAAAUGUGUUGUACACAGGUGAGAGUGGCUGAAUGUUUGUAGGCAUUCUUCUGUCAACAGAUCCUUGCAAGCUUAUUCUGCUUUGCUCAGCUGUCCCUUACUAUGUUAACCAUUGAUAAUGAAAGAACGGAUAGCAUUUGGCUUCCCUCUUGUGUCACAUAAGAGGGUUUUCUCGGAAGCCCAAAUGAUUUACCAGUGGAGCCUCCCUCCUCCUUCCAUGGGGCAAAGCUGAAUGAUUUCAAUUUUCCAUUAGAUUAGUUCCUAUUGUUUUAUAUAAGUCACUCCGUAUUAUUUUUUACCGCGGUCUGUGUGCCUGCAGUUCCCUCUUUCAAGGUCGAUAGAUAAGGCUUUUCCAGGUUACUAGGACUCAAAACCUCCCUGCCAAAAGAGAGAGCAAGCUUGUUAAGUGUCAGCAAAUGCACACUGGGUUAGAUAAACAAGCAGCCAUUACGCUUGUUGUCCAUAUCAACAUGCACACAAGUUAAUUCCAGCAACCUUGCCAUAGGCUGAUGAACUCACCAUGUAGCAAUAGCAAUCUCUUGCAGAGGCAGAAUUCCAAUUACUGCUGUAUCUCCUUUGCUAGUGAGAUGUCAACCUCUAUAUGUCUUACCCGUGUCAUCUUACUUCUUCUGUGUAAGAACAGAGGAGGUCAAUGGCAGUGUCUCCCAUUCCAUUCAUAGCCACAAGCCCUAUGCAAUUGUUCAGUGAAUAAAUGUGUGGAGGGGGCAAGUUGAGCCAGCGGACCCAGCUCCUGGUUAUCAUAUGCACAUCUGAAGCUCUGCCCCUUCCUGGAUGGUGGAGAGUCUUAAAGGCGUAGUCUUCUUUGUCCUGAAGCCUAGCUUGCUAAUGCCUUUCAAUCACUUCCUAUCAAAAUGAAUAGGCUCUGGGAAGUGUGAAGUCCUUGCUUUUAUAGGCAUCCAAUUCCUUAGGGGAAUUUGUCUUGAAAUGGGUGCUGUCCUGAUUGCAGACUUCCCUUAGGCAUUUGGUUGGCAGCUGCAAGAAUACAGUAGAAGGUCCUGCAUUCUAGUGCAUGGAACUCUUGACUCAGUUGGCUUCUGGGCAAUAGUCUCAGGCUUGAUGUGAUGAUUUGGGUUCAGCACCUCUGUGCCCUUCUUCUACCAGCUGGUUCCUCCUCCUCCUUGUGUGGCGAGUUCCCACCUCCCCCCUCGGAAAUAAAGACACAAGACACCAGAAUUUAGGUUAGUGGGCAAAAAUAGGCCACAACUUUAUUGAUUACAGGAAUUGAGUGGUAUUGGCUUAGGCAUUGGUCCUAUCGACUAACCGGCUUCAGCCUGAUUGCUUGAAGACCGGCAAGGGUUAACCGCCAGUAGGGGAAGUCCUGCUGAUGCACGUCAACUAGGAGCUCCCCCGGGGUCACCGCUUUGGGGCGUGCCUUAGGCCCACACCUCCAGAGGCUUAGGACAGGGCAACGCCCCCCGGAAUCUUUUAACGGACUACCCUUCAAUUUGGGGGAAGGUGAUGGCGCUUCCUCCCCCCUUCAUCUGCAUAACAAUACCCCUACCAAUGCCUAACCGCCAAUGCCUAGGAAGUUGUGAUGAUUUGCUACGAGGUAGGCGAAAAACCAAAUGACCAGUGCCAAUUUGCCAAGUGGAAAAAAUUCCUACCAGGCCUCUUGAUGGCGACCAACCGAAGUCCAUACCAAUGUCAGAGAGCCAAACCUAACGGGUGGGAGGGGUCGGAAAACCUGAGCAGCUGGAGCGCGGAAAGAGGGAAAUCCUCGGCCGCACCGGCCCUAAAUAGGGCGGGCCACACCUCCCGGGCCAGCCAAUUGGCUGGCCAGGGAGAUGACGCGACUGAGGAUUCCCCCAGUAUCGUGGGGGCUGUGAGCCAGCCCCCGUGCACAUGGGGAGGGGCGCGAAGCCCGCAACCCCACUUCCUCUCCAGCUCGGAAGUGGCUUUCUCUAUGUCAGAAUUCUGUCCGCUGCCCAUGGUCAGGGUCAUGACAUACGUGCUCACUCUGACAGCUUCCAGCCCAGCAUAUUCAUAUAAUGAAACAGAGCACUUAAGCAACUGUAGAUGUUUUGUGUGUUCAUGACUCCCUCAAACCCUUCUGCUUUAGCACAUAGGGGAGAAUUCAACGUGGUGCUGGGGCAAUUGUUCUAUCAGCACAAGCUUUUAAGCUUGCCAGAUCGAAUCAUUCCCCUCACCUCACCCAUGGACAGUUUGGGGGGUUCUCCCAAUCCCCAAGCCAAUUCCAGGGGGAGAGGGGGGGAAAACACUGUUCCGCUAGUGGAAGUGCUUGCCCAGGCUAGUAGACUAGUUACCUGAAUCCUGCCUAGGCUGCUAUUGUCUUUUCAUCAAAUACAGCUGAUUUUUGCAGCAGCUAACAACUAAAAUCCUGCACCAAUGGCCAGGGGGAGGAAAUAUACAAACAACAGAACCAUUAUUUUUUUUUUGCUGUGUUUUCUUCUCCCUCAGAGAUAUUGAUGGGCUGCCCCCCUGAUAAUUUAUGUUCAUAAUUACGUAACUGGUUUGGAAGGUGAAUUUGUUUAGCUUCUAAAGUUUGAAUGUGUCAUGAACUGAGUGCUGUUUCCCAAAACUGGGAGGCAACUAUCUUCGAAGACAUGCUCCCCCCCCCCCGAGUGCUCACACAGAAUGCUUCUAAAUAUUAAGUCUUCUCUGAGUAACAACUUGGGGAGUUCACAAGGACCAAUUUUUAGCAUGUGGCAGGGGCUGUAAGGCCUAUAGAGCUUAUGAACCUAGCCUGGAAGAAUGUUUCAGGAACAGAUGCUUGGAGACCAUGUCGUAAAGUGAGCCUUCACAGGCUGAGAUAUUUGUAAAAUGGAAGCUUUGUAGGUUUGAUUUUUGUUAAGUGUCAUAAUUUCAUUAUUGCCAUAAUCAGUGGGAUAAACAAGACAACAUAUUGUUGUAGAGCAUUAUCCACUGAAUUUAUUUCAGCAGGACUCAAUCAUAGCCAUGCUAGCUGAAGUUAAAAAGAAGGGAGAAGCUCAUGUGGCAAUUACUGGUCUCCCAGACUGUCUUCUCCCUGCAUUGAUCAGAGAAGAUUCACGUACAGAAGGAUAUGAAAAUAUGGAAUUUAAACUGCCCAGUAAGUGGCAGAAUAGAACUGGAGAAAACAGUGCAGCAGGGCCCUAGCAGAUGCUGAGGUACUGGGGAAACGUCUUUCACCAUGAAGCAAAAGCAGGUCUUUACAUCUCUUUGCAAUAAAUAAGAAUUCCAGUUGUGCAUUUUAUGGAGGUUCAGCAAUUGGCGUCAAUUAAAAAUGCACAGUAUGAGUAAACUAGAUAGGUAGGCAACAUCAAGAACAAUGUAAAACGCAAGAAACCAAAAUGCCUGAAAUUACUGUUUUUGACAGAAUGCCCCUCCUGGUUGGUGCCAGCCCAGCCAUUAAAAUCUGUGGAGGAUGUUAUGUACUGAAGUUCUCACCCUGGGCCAGCAGGGGGAUACUGUAGAUAGUUAUGCAAAUGAAGGAUCGAAAAGUGACGUUCAGUGAUUGGAUAGUUUUAGAAAAUGGCAACAGUUACAUUGUUCUGGAGCUCUAUAUAAGCAGGCUGACUGAGCUCCUCAGCUUAGUUCUGUUCCAGCUUAUAAAAUAAAAGCUGCUUUGGAGAAAUCGCUGUGUCGUCUGCUAUGUCAACCCACAACUUAACAGAGGAAGCCUUGUUUGUGUUCCCACUGCUGGGCAACGCCAGAUGGGCAGUGACCCAGGUUAGGGCCUCCUUGAUGGGGACACCCUCCUUGUGCUUCCACAAGGUUCUCCUUGCCUUGAGAGGAGCAGCAUGCACAAUCAUCUAUUUAAUUUUGUCAACUGGUCAAGGUGCAUCUCUUUACCUGGGUGUUUUCUGUUCGUUUCUUUGGACCUUUGUCGUGCAGACUAGAGGAUUUUAGCCCAUUGCUGCUUUGAAUUAUGUGAUCGGUUUUGGGGGUUUGAAGCAUGGGAACAUGACAAGUUUCCUAAUGGAUCAGGCCUCUCCAGUCCAACAUCCUGUUCUCACAGUGGCCAACCAGAUAUAUAAUAAUAAUUUAUUAUUUAUACCCCGCCCAUCUGGCUGAGUUUCCCCAGCCACUCUGGGCAGCUCCCAAGCAAAUGUUAAAAACAGUACAGCGUUAAAUAUUAAAAACUUCCCUAAAGAGGGCUGCCUUCAGAUGUCUUUUAAAGAUAGGAUAGCUGCUGAUUUCCUUCACAUCUGAAGGGAGGGUGUUCCACAGGGUGGGCGCCACUACCGAGAAGGCCCUCUGUCUGGUUCCCUGUAACCUCACUUCUUGCAAUGAGGGAACCGCCAGAAGGCCCUCGGCGCUGGACCUCAGUGUCUGGGCUGAACGAUGGGGGUGGAGAAUUAUGGGAUGCUUAUGGGAACCCUACAGGUAGGACCUGAGUGCCACAGAACUCUGCCCUCCUGCAGUUUCCAUAAACUGUUAUUCAGAAACAUACUGUGGAAGGAGUGUGUUGCCGUUGUGGCUCGUGGCCACUGGUAUCCUUCUCCACUAUGAAUGUGUCUAAUCCUCUUUUAAAUUUGCAAUAUUUGCUUUGUGUUGUUUUGUAUUUAUAUCUUUGCUAUUUUCUAAUUGAGAGCGAUAUGUCAGUAGGAAUAAUGCAUAAAUAUUAAUAGAAUUGUGAGCUGCAAAUAUUUUCCCUCCCAUCGUGUAUCCAGAACAGCUUAUAUUGUAUCUUUGUGACGGAUUCUAAUUGCUUGAAGUUACUUUGGGUUACUAUAAAUAUCCUAGGCAUUUUUUUUUGGACAGAGUCUCCAAAAAUUUAAAUGAGAGCAGAGAGAAAAUAAGGUUUCCCACUGACAAGAGAUGCCUGAAAUCUUCCGCCACCGGGGCUAGUUUGUCAUUCUGCAUCUUUCCUGUUCCUCCCAUGUACAGUGUCUGGCAUUCCAUUUCUUCCAUGGCAGAUGGAUUACCAUCUUACAUGGCAAUCACAUUAUCUUUCCCCCCAUUUAGCAUGCACCACCAACUUCCACUCACAGUCUGUUGGACAAACAGAGUGCUCUAGUUUUAAAUCUGCUUAAUCUCUGUCAAUACACAUGCCUUCCACUUCAACUUGCUAACAAAAUGUUAGAGUCAGGAAGUCAUUGAGAUUCCAGAGUCUCAUUUCGCAAGGAAAUAAAUCUGUUUCUCUGGUUGUCUUCUAUUUUUAUACAUUUUCUUGUGCCUUGGAGUCCAAGCCAUUUAAGUGACAGAACAUGAUAUGACACACAGCCAGGAGCAUGGUUCAGAAGACAAAUACCUCUGGGAGAAACUGCAAACCAAAGGCAAUCUAGUGGGAUAGAAGCACACUUCAUCAGAGACCCAUCCUAAGUUCAUUUACCAUUUAGACCUCCUCCUCUUUUCCCCUGUUAGCACCAUUGCCCUUUCUGAUGGGUGUCGAGGUCCUUCUGAACGUGGCAGUGUAUCUCUAGAUGGUGUAACUUAAUCCACAUAUGGAAGGUCUUCCAGAAGGUGGUGAGUCACAGUGUACACAACUGUUGGAGAAUUUCCAGGGCCACUUCAGAACACCAGUACAACUCAUGAAGUACAGUCUUUAAAAUAUAGCAUUCUGGAAUCUGGGCUCUCAUAUCGUAUACACCUGCCAAAUCUAUGAUUCUUUUAUUCAUUCCACUUUCAAAAGCAGUUGUAGUUGGUGCCCAUUGGAAUCAGUGGAGUGGAAGGUGGGGAGACUAAUAGUAGGCAGAGACAGAUAAAACCAAAGAAUUAUAGUUGUGCCCUAAUCCUUCUACCUGCUGAGUUCCACAACGGCAACAGAAACUAAAGAGGAAGAGGUUGAUAGCCAGUUACACCUGCUUGAUAUAAAUAAAGGUACACAGGUAUUUUGGUCUGCACCUCUCAUCAGUGCCAGCAAACAUGGCCAAUGGUCAGAGAUAAUGGGAGAUGUAGUCCAAUAACAUGUGAAGAGUAUUCAGGUUGGGAUAGGCUGGAACAGACAGUAUGCCCAAGGAAUGGGAAAUUUGAACCUAGGGUUUGAUAACAAUAAACGUGAUUUCUAGUUGAGCUUAUAGUUGUCUGGAUCAAGGAGUGUUGGGGGGAUUGUGCCAGCAUGACAUUAUAUUUUUGUUAUUAAUUUGGCUUGCAUCCCACUCUUCUGCCAAAGAACACACGAAAAAGGCUAAGAGACAGUGGUUUGCCUAAUGUCACUUCUGAGCUUUCUAACUGAUCUUUGUGCCAACUGAUUUUGCAACUAGGCAUGGGGAGAAAUUCAAUUUUGUUUGCAUUUUAAUGAGAAACUACAUAACUCACACUUCUCUGACCCAUGUGUGAAGUGAAACACAUUUAUUUUGUGAUACUGUUCUCCAACCAAAUAGUGUGCACAAAAUGCGUAUAUUUGUGAAAAUAGCAUACAAAAAAUGCACAUUGCAGGGGAAAUGUGUGUAUUGGUGUAUACACAAAAAUGCAUGCAUUGGUCAAAACUGCAUACAAACCAAACAUCAGACCAAAAUACUGAUGAAUUUUCAUCAGGAUAUUUGUUUUUUAAAAUAAAAAAAUCACAAAUUUCUGCAGAAAUGUAGGAAACUGAAUUUAAAAUCGAAAAGAAUUAGAAACUGGAAUUCCCUUGAGAUUUGUCCAUUCCUACUUGCAAGACUGUGCUAUUUCUGCUUCCAGAGCUCAGGGUUGGAGCCAUUUGUGCUCAAUGUCCCCAGAAGGGUUUCACAAUGUUCCCAGACAGAGGAGGAAAGAAUAGCUGCAAGAGCAGAGUUGAAGGCAGGCUCAUGGUUGGCAGGUGAGGGAUCGCUAAAAGACUGUGGGAUGACAUUAAUCCAUCAGGGGAGCAGGAGCCAAGUGCAGCACUGGGACUAAAAAAGUAGUUUAACCUUCAGUCUGAAUUCUGACAGACUGUCAAAUUAGUAGCAGAAGAUCCUGCUGCAACCUUCCUCCUCCUCAUUGUGUCUAUCAGGGAAAUGAACCAUUGCAGGCACUCGCUUCAUCUUGAUCACUUCUUUUGUACAUGUCAGUGUGGUGGACUGGUGUACGAGGUUCCCUUGUAACAUUAAAGAGUAGUGUCAGUCAAGGGGAGGGGGAGGGAAGAAUCGUGCUGAUGUUGGUGAUAAGCAGAAAGGCGCUGCUAAAUAUAUAUUUGACGUUAUGUGUAGAACGAAGCGUAGAGCAGAGUACUUUUGUCUGAAACUCUGGACUUCUCUCACAUAAAUGUGUCUUCCAAACCACUUUGAGUUUCUUUUCUACAAUCAAGCAAUAUAUAAAUUUUAUGACAUAAACAGCCUGUAGCUUAACCAAGAUGCAUGACCUCUUAUGCAGAUGCAGAGGUAAGCGCUGUGCCAAAACUGGUCCUCUCAUCAUCUGGUUGCCAUGGUGCCAGAUAGCUCCUCCUUCUCACCUUUCUUUAUUGCAUAUUGGUCACAGCUACAGUAGGAACCCAGAUAGUCUGUGAAAUGUAAUUUCCCCCAGACAGCUUUGGGGGAAAUUUCCCAUGGUGUUUGCUAUGUGGGUUUCUACUGUUCUAAAGGUAAAGGUAAAGGAACCCCGGACCAUUAGGUCCAGUUGUGAUUGACUCUAGGGUUGCGGCGCUCAUCUCGCUUUAUUGGCCGAGGGAGCCGGCGUACAGCUUCUGGGUCAUGUGGCCAGCAUGACUACGCCGCUUCUGGCGAACCAGAGCAGUGCACGGAAAUGCUGUUUACCUUCCCGCUGGAGCGGUACCUAUUUAUCUACUUGCACUUUGACGUGCUUUCGAACUGCUAGGUUGGCAGGAGCUGGGACCAAGCAACGGGAGCUCACCCCAUCCUGGGGAUUCGAACCGCUGACCUUCUGAUUGGCAAGUUCUAGGCUCUGUGGUUUAACCCACAGCGCCACCCGUGUCCCUUUCUACUGUUCUAGGGACCUAUAAAUACAAAAAGAAGGAAGCAGGGAGUUGUUGACCAACUGGCACUUCAGCAGUCAGAUAUGAAUUGGGAGAAGGGCUGGAGUGGAAGAAAGUUAGGGGUCCUUCACUGGCUUGGAUUGCAAUCCAAGCCAGAGAAGAAUGAUGGGAGUUUGCAUUAAACUGGAAGCAAUCAUCAUAAGUUGCUAGAGUUUGUGUUCCAUGCAAAGAAAGUAUGACCUUGGCCAAGUCACUGUCUCUUAGCCUAACCUCAUUGCUUGUGAGUUCUUUGGAGGAAGAGUAGGAUCGCUUCUGAGGGUAGGACAAGAACAAAUGGAUUCAAAUUACAAGAAAGGAAAUUCCAAAUAAACAUUAGGAAGAGCUUUCUGACAGAAAGAGCUGUUGGACAGUAGAAUGAACUGCUUCGGAAGCUAGUGGACUCUCCUUCAGUUAUCGUACAUCUCUAAGCAAGAUUAUUCACAGCAUCUCAAAAUGAGAAAUCUAGAUGUUCUUUGAGGGAAUCAUUUGCAUGGGAGUCUUGUUUAACUGAAAUUUAUGGCCACCUUCCAAAUUAUUAACAUCAUCGGAACUUUGGACAGGCAAUUUCAUGAUGUUAGCUCAGGGAAAGUAGACACGCUGCAAAGGUAGUUCACUGGGAACAUUGCGUGAUUGAAAUUUGAGUAAUGGGGCAUACAGUGACUUGCGAAUAUGGUUAGUGUGCACUAAGAAUGCUUCUAAGCCAGUUUAGUCUUAAUGCCCCCCUCCUAGUUAUAAAGGGGCUUUCUGGGGGUGACAUCCUUAUUUUACAAUAAUGAAGACACAGGCACAUUGCUUCCCUCCGCCCCUGCAUUUCUCACAGCUGGCAAAAUAUCUGAAUGAACAGUGUUAUUUCACCCUGAAUAAUGAGGUUUGCCUGGUGUGACAUCGCGAAGGUUGUAGCCAGCAAUGCAAUGAGUAAAGUUAUUAUGAUAAAGCAAUCUUCGUAACCACCCACCCUCAAAUAUCUGCUUUAUCUCGUUGGAGCACAUUUGGUGUGCUGCUGGCACCAAUGGAAGACAGUGACUAACUGCAGCACUUUCUUUAUCAGCAAUCUGAAGACCCCAGUGUUCAUUUAUAUAUAUAUUUUAAAAAAUCUCUAAGUAUUGCUUGACCCUUGAGUCUAAUCUAUACACAAUGCUGUGGCCAGUGAUUCAGAACAGAACAGAAUAAAUGUGUCAUUGACAGGAUGCUAAUGUUGAACUUUGUUCCAGUAUUGUUUUCAUUCUUCAUCUGAUGGAAGGAACAAUGUGUAGUGAAUCAUAUAUGUCAAUCUGCUCCCAUCUUUAACAUGUUUGGCUUAACUCAGGGAUGCAGAAAUCCAGUCAAUAUUAAAAGGCAUAAAAGCUCAAUCUGUUGACCGGCUCUUGGGUUGCUUAAGAAGGCAGAAAGAAAGCCUGCCAUCUCUACUGCUUUGUCAAAGGUCUGGCCACUCCCUCAUUCCUUCCUUAUGAAGCCUAAACUGUAACAACAUAGUAAAACAUUCCUACUGAAUAGCUGUUUUCAAGUUCCAUUGUUCUACAGGUUUUGAUAUAGACACAGGGCUGAACUCAGGAGGUGCAAAAGGGGUGCAAAUGAAGAGCCCAAUGACCAGAAAAGGGUCUGCUUCAAAUGGUGUCAUUGUAAGGACUCUCUACCUUCCCAUUCCUAUGCAGUUUAGGGAGGGGGGGGAGUUGAUGGUCUGCACAGAUUGGCUGAAGCAAGCCAAAAGAAAUCUAAAAAAUAAAAUAAAAAUCAUUAUUAAACCUGAAGUCUUAUUCAAGUUGUUAUUAUUAUUGAACUCUUAUGUGAAUUCUUGAACUCUUAAUCACAUAAAUAUUUGCCAAAAACUCAUAUGUCUGGGAUUUCACCAUUUCCAACUUUGAAUAUGGGAUUUUUAUUCUAUUUUCAAUUAGAUAGUCAAAAAAUGUGUGCAGGUUUUUAAAAAUCCCUCCAUAUCAGAUUCUGCAUUUGAAAAGGGGGAAGGUUAUACAUUUAAAUCCUGGGUGGUGUUGUUGUUGUUGUUGUUGCCAAACUUUGACUUUUUGCAACAACAUCAACAACUGUUGAUAGAGUUUUGCUGGACCUGGUGUUUCCAGGAGAACUGGAAUGGGUUCCCAUGUUCACUCAGUGCUCUGUGCUAAAAAAGGGCUUCCCAAUUCUGCCUUUUCUCUUCCAACUUCGGAGAAGAAUUCACCUGUACCAUAUCAAUGAGUGGCCAAAGCAUUCUCCACCUUUGGAGAGUGUGAGCAGCCUCUGCUUGGACGCAGUGCUGUCUGUGUGCUGGCGCUUUGAGAAAUAUUAGGGGUUUGUCUUUUGUGUGGUUUUGUACAUUUGAGUCUGUCUAUUGAUCCCAUUACAAGCAUUUCACUGUAAACGCAGGAAGCCACCAAUGAGCAAAUGCAAGCAGUUUGCAAAUUAUCAUUCCUGCAUAAAGCAUCUUUUAUAGAACAUGCUGAAUGGGACAACAGUGGCACUAAUUCUUUAAAAAUGAAGAAUAAAAAGGACAGCAAAGCAGCCGUUAAACCCAUCCACCAAAAUAUUACGAGCCAUUUGUGUAUUGCUUUUUAUAAUGUGCCUUACAAUGGCAUGUCUCUGCGGGAGCGAAUUAUUUACAUGGGGGGGGGGCGUUUAGAAGCGACAAUUCUACCCCAAUGCCAUAUUUGUUUGUGGAAAGAAAACCAACAUCAGCACCUCUAAUACAGACUUUGACUUUUUCUUUCUAUUUGACUUAGGACUUGGGGCACAUUCCCUUGUAUUGAUGUAAAUAUAUAUACAGCAUAUGUGUGUUCAUGCCCUGGCUAUGUGAUUUCCCACAAUGUAUUUAGUUGUCUGAAUUGGGCUAAUGAUAAGAACCACAUCGACAGUUGCCCUAAAUCGAGAAAGCAGAAUUCAUGUGUACAGGCUGAAACGGUGUGAAUGACCACGUAGCAAGAUAUGAUGUAUUCCUUCCUGGAAACCAACAGUCUGCAUGAUUCAGUCUUUCUCUCCUUGCCCAAACUGUUAGUAUUGUGUGCUUGGCUUGAUAAUUCAAGCCGUGAUGUAAUGGGACUCAAACAGAGUUCAGAUCUGAAUCAGAUUGUGACAUUGUUCUCUAAUGACUAAAUACAAGGAGGAGGGCGAACCAAUUCAUGUAUAUACGUUAGGACUGGAAAAUAAUUUAGAAUUAUUCAUGUUGACCUUGGAAUCAAGGAUCAAAAGUGACCAGGAACUGAAGGCUGAUGUUUUACAGUUUGGGGGAUGAAGGGUGAAAUUCACUGACAGGUUCAGAAGGGCUCACAAUUAGUAGUGGUGGCUUCUCCGCUUCUUCCUUCCUUUUUUAAAACUCAAGAAGAGCCUACUGGAGGAUCCUAGUGGUCAAUCCACUCCAGCAUCCUGUUCUCACAUUGGCCAACCAGAUAAUAAUAAUAAUAAUAAUAAUAAUAAUAAUAAUAAUUUAUUAUUAUUUGGGCGGCUUCCAACAAAGAUUAAAAAUACAUUAAAAUGUCACACAUUAAAAACUUCCCUGAACAGGGCUGCCUUUAGAUGUCUUCUGAAUGUCAGGUAGUUGUUUAUCUCUUUGACAUCUGAUGGGAGGGCGUUCCACAGGGCAGGUGCCACUACUGAGAAGGCCCUCUGCCUGGUUCCCUGCAGCUUUGCUUCUCGCAAUGAGGGAACCACCAGAAGGCCCUUGGCGCUGGAUCUCAGUGUCCGGGCAGAACGAUGCGGGUGGAGACGCUCCUUCAGGUAUACUGGGCCGAGGCCGUUUCAUGAGAAAUCCACCAAUAAAACCUGAGCGCAAGAGCAUUCUCCCCUCUUGUGCCUCUGUUUUGUCCUGCUUACUCUCUGACAACCCAACCACCUACCCUUCAUUUUCUCCUUCUGCCUUCCCAUAAAAAUCAAAUCAUGAACAAAGAACUUGCACUGAGUGGAAAUACUUAAUACCACACUGCAAAUAACUGAGGAUGUUGUAUUAAAUAUUUCCACUUAAUGCAAGUCACUUGUUCACAGUUUGAAUUUUUUAAUAGAAAGGAGGAAAGUGCAAAAGGAGAGAAGGAGGGUGGGGGGAGAGAAAGAAAGAGCAAGGUGAAAGAGAGAGAAAGAGGGAAAGGGAGAAAAGGUGAAUAAGGAAGAUGGUCUAGUUAGUUUUACCCCACCUAUAUAGCCAAAAAAUGGUGCCAACUUGUCUACAAUUUGUUCUCCUUUUAUAUACCCAGUUGCAGGAACUUACUAAAAAGGCAGGGGUAAUGUUCCACUAGAGCCACAUUGAUGGCAAAACUAACACAGCUGUCUGUAUUCAGCUGAGACCACUGUGUGUUUAAAGGGCUAGGAUGUCACUUUGGAUAGUCAUGGCUUCCCCCCCCCAAAGAAUUUCGGGAGCUGUGGUUUGUUAAGAGGCCCCCUACUUCCCUCACAGAGCUACGAUUCCAGGGCUCUCUGUGAAAAAAGAUUGAUUGGUAAACCAGUCGGGGAAUCCCUAUCUGGACAGGGAAUAAAGGUAAAAAAUUAGGCCCAGUCAUGACUGACUCUGGGGUUGUGGCGCUCAUCUUGCUUUAUUGGCCGAGGGAGCCGGCGUACAGCUUCUGGGUCAUGUGGCCAGCAUGACUAAGCCGCUUCUGGAGAACCAGAGCAGCGCAUGGAAACGCCGUUUACCUUCGUGCCAUAGCAGUCCCUGUUUAUCUACUUGCACUUUGACGUGCUUUCAAACUGCUAGGUUGGCAGGAGCAGGGACCGGGCAACGGGAGCUCACCCCAUUGCAGGGAUUCAAACCACCGACCUUCUGAUCGGCAAGUCCUAGGCUCAGUGGUUUAACCCACAGCGCCACCCGCCUCUGGACAGGGAAUAGGCCUGUCUAAUAACAACUCUCAGGACCUUAACGCUCAGCUCCCAGAAUUAUUCAGAGGAAGCCAUGACUGUUUAAAGUGGAACCAUAACACUUUAUAAAUAUGGUGUGAAUGUAGCCUAAGUUCUGCUCAAAUUAGAUCCGUUGAAAUUACUGGACCUCAAUCAGUCACAUCUAUUAAUUUCAGUGAGUUUUCUCUGAGCAUGACUUCCUAGGAUACAACCCAAAAUCUUGCAGAACUGGAAAUCCAAGACUACAUUUGGGUCCACUGUCCUCUAAUGCUAGCAGCCCACGGGAAUAUUUUUUCUUGAUCCUUUAUUAUUGGUCAAGUAUUUGCUCGCUGUGUUUUGCCAACGAUUUCUUGUUUUUGCUUAUAUCGACCUGUUUCACUUUUCUGUGUGUGGGGUUUGUAUGUGUGGAAAGGCGGGUUAAAACACCUGAACAUGCAACUGGGCAAUCGUGGCAGCUGUGACUAACCAUGCACUUUGGCUCCCCAGGUGACUUGUACAUUGGAGGGGUAGCAAAAGAAACCUACAAAUCCUUGCCCAAGCUGGUCCAUGCGAAAGAAGGGUUUCAAGGCUGCCUGGCCUCCGUGGAUCUGAAUGGGCGCCUCCCGGAUUUGAUCUCGGAUGCUCUGUUUUGCAAUGGGCAGAUAGAACGCGGAUGCGAAGGUACGGAGCAAUCGUUUUGUAAUCCUGUCAUAGCCCCUUCAACGUAAAGUAAAUAUGCAUAUGCCUCAUCAUAGGUGCGUUGUAGCAUCUCCUCUUCCUGCUGUGUUCUGUUUAUUUGCACUGGGAUGAUGACAGUUUCCUAUCUUCCCCGCUGUCAUCCAUUUCUGCUCUGCUACCGAUGCUACUAAGCCAGACCUGUUUUACAUUAUUAAUGAAGGCGGAUGCCAUUGUGGGAGAAACGUUCGCUGAUGGCACAAAACACAAAUUGAACCUGAGAACAUUAACUUAUCUUCUUGAAUAUAAUCGGCAGAGUCUGUUCUUCGCCACCAACAAGCUGAUUUGCAUGUCUCUGUUUUGUUUGUGUCGUAUUUUAAUUAAUUGUUGUGAUAAUUAGCUCCCGUGCAGUACUUUACAUCAUCACGGUGCUUAGAUGAUAGUUAGUGUAUAAAUUAGCUAAUUGAAUUGAGAUGCACAUUGCUUUCUCCUUUUUUUAGCACAGGUUGUCUGUUUGCAUGAGAUGUUAAAGUGUUUAGCAGGGUCUCAGGCUAGGUUCAAGGUUUUUUUUAAAAAAGCUAUGCUCCUGUACCUAUGUUCUGUUGGCCUGUUUUGUUGCUGUAUUCCUACUGCCUAACCUGCAGCAUUCAAAGCGACAACUCAACCCACCAGCCACAUAUGUUGGCCGACCAGGAGCUUGAUAAAUCCCAUGGCUUUGCUGUCUGCUGGUGACUACAGAGACAUGGAGAUUUUCCCAAACCUAGCAGGCUACGGUAUGAGUUUGAUGGGCUAUUUGUGACUUGAAGGCUCAUCAACUGCACAGGCUUUCUAAAAACAUUUCAGAAUAACAAAACUGGCCAAAGUUUCAAAACCUUACACUUCAGUACGAAUGUAGAGCGAAGGAAGUUCUAUUGAUUUAAAGGGGGAUUGUGUAGAUGAAAGGUUCAUACCCAAAGAAAAACAGAAGUGGGUUUGAAUCAAGACUGGUGUUUUUCCAGUUUGGAGGGCCAGGUCACUUGUGAGGGAGAGGGUCAAAUUUCCAGGGAAAGUCAAGGUGCUGUGUUGGGUUACCUUCCCUCCCUUCCACAUCAGCCAUGACCAAAAUGGGUUGAAUAUCCAUGACAGAGGAUCCUCACUAUCCCAAAUUGGAUUUGUGAAGUUUGCAUCCCCAACAUAUCAGUACUCCCCUUUAACUUUUCCACAUUAAAGCUUUAAUUUAACGUUUGAAGGACGUAGCAGAAUACAUAGGAAUUGGGCAAUAAUGUGCAAUUUGGUUUCUGGUUUGAGGCCAUCUUAGAUUUCUCAACAUAGAAACCAUCCCCACAUUUUAAAAAUGUUUUUAUUGCAUUUAAAUCCCCACCUUUUUCUCCAAGGAGCUCAGAGUAGUAUACACAGUUCUUUUCUCACAACCGCUUUUUACGUUCAUGUACCUGGCAAGGUUCAAAAGCAUGAUGUUGAUGGGCCAGUUGAACACAUGUGUUUGGCCCUUCCAAAAGAUCAGUUUCCACAUUUAUUUCCAACAUGAGGUGAGAAAAAGAGUGACAUGACUCAGUCCCUCAGUUAAACCCAAUUAACUAGCCAUUUUGCUAUCCCUGAAAAACAAGAUUAUUUGGAUACAGGCGAAGAGUCAGAAGCAACCCAAUUAAUCAUACCUCUGUCAUAUGGAUUUUAUUGAUAUAGUAGAUUCAGUUUUAAAUUAAUGACUACUUUUCCAUAUAUGAAUCUGCCUGGACCCUGAGAUCAUCAUACAAGGCCCUUCUCUGCAUGAUACCUCCAAAGGAGGUAUCAAUGAGAGAGCAGGCCUUCUUUGUAGUAGCCCCCAGUUUCUAGAAUGUUCUCCCCUGAGAGUUCCACUUGACGCUUUGUAAUAAUGUUGUUUGCCGGGCAAAUGCCUUUUUGUUCCUGGGGCAUUUGGGCCGCACCAAUAAUACUGCUUAUUGUAUUGUUAAAUUUGUAGAUGUAUCGGAAAUAUUUUGUCAGGCAUAUGAUAAGCAUUUUAAAACAUAUUCCUGAUAAAAUCUACAUACUUGACACCAGCAAUGUGCAGAAUACUUUGUAAUGCAAAGUAAUUUGUGAAAACAUAAAAUCACAAUGGCAUGGCCAGUUCAUGACCCACCAAGAUAAAAGGAUCCCCUCCCCACCUGUGUGGAAGUUCAUGAGAGAUUUAAGAUAUCACUUGAUUAACUAAGCUCAAACAGAUAAACCCUGAGAAAACCCAAACCAGCCUGUUCCAGAUUUUCUCUCUUACGUACGCCUGUUCUUCUUUUACCCCUUUCUAAUUUUAAUUUGAUGAUUAACAUUGAAUAGAAAAUGUGUAAAUAAAUGCAUAAAUGUACAACAUCCAAACACCUAAAGGUAAUUUCACUUUAUUUUGCAAAGAGUCUAAAUAACACUUUCUAAUGUUGGUGAGAGAGGGGGCAUAAGGUGUUGCACAGUUUAAGUUAUUAGAUCUUGGCAUUAAAAUAGCCAGUUAAUGAUGUAAUGGCCAAAUCCUUAAAUAUCACAUGUUCUACUUGUCCAAGUUGUUAAAGUAAUGGAAUACUGGUCAGUGGCUUAGAUAAUCAGUCCUGUUCGCACAACCAAACUGGGAUGUUGAGAACAUGAGUUUAAUAUUUUUAUCAUGUGAAUGGCCCUGAGAUCUUCACAUGAAGGGUAGUAGAUUGAUUGAUUGAUUGAUUGGCCCAUGGAAAGUGUGGCAUACAUUGAAAUUAACAAUAUGUUACUAUUUCUCUCCAUGCCUAGCCCUGAUCUCAGCCACUUUUACUUCCUCAUCAGAAAGACCCCCAAAGCAGAUUGAGUUUUGGUGUGGUAAAUGGAAAGUAAGAGCAGCUUGCUUUGGGAUCCGUGUGACAAAACACAGACUACCAAUUGUGACUUGGACGCUGAUUAAGAGGGAGAGGGGAUAGCUGAGUCAGUAACCAAAGGAGCACCUGAAUCUAAGACCUCCAGAAAUGAGACCAUAAAACAAAGACUCUCAGAGACUGGAGCGCCAAUGAGAGACCAGAAUCUGCAGCCUCAGUGACCCAACAUGCCUAACCUGCUCACCACUGCAGGCAGUAUGGCUGCUGAAGAAGCAACCAAGGGUCAGGCGCCAGGAUUUGUGGUGUGCCUCUUUAAGAAUAUAUGUGGCAUCUAGGAAGGGGCUGGGGCUGGAACUAUAUAAGGCGUGAUUAAUUAGCAUUAAUUAGUAUUCAGCAUUUGUUGGAGCAAAGUUUGUCUUUACCAGGAACUGUCCAGGGUACUGAAGGAAAUGACACUGGUCACUUUUGCUUUGUAUUCCAGUCCUUGAGCUUUUGAAUUGCCUUUUCCUGUUGGCCCUCUGCUUAUACUGCCCACUUUGGAUCACGGCCAUGCCUAUUUCUGCCUAACUUCCAUUGGGGGUUUACCCUUAUUAGGCUUCAACAAUAUGGUGGUGCCCUCACACAACUGCUAUAGCAUUUGCUGACCUUUGUGUAGAUCCAAUUAAUGCACUGGUUUUCAUUCACCAAGGCAUGCAAUUCCACCUCUCACUUAUAAUAAAACAAAAAACCCCCAAAACACACACACAUAAACACAACUACCUAGCAACAAGAACUGAUUGAGCAACCAUGUUAAGGUGGUGUGGUGGUGAUGCACCUCCCGUCCAGCAGGGGGCAGAUGAUGCUAAAGGCCAAUAGUUUUACAUCGGAUCCUAUAAAGCUGCUGACGACCCUGGCUUGGUUUCAGGCACUUAAAUGCUGUGUCCACUUAGCUAAUUGGAUGACUUCCUGGCAUACUUCCCAACCGCCAGAAAUGACAUUACCUAAAAUUGAGCACUUGGGUAUAUAUUGGAUUGGGUUGGUAAGUGCCUUCUCAUGGACCAUUUCAUUAAAAGUCACCCAAGGAACCUGCACGCAGGAACAUGGAAUAGCAUCUGACUGGAAAGAGGAAUGAAUGAAAAAUGUAACCCUUCUCUUCCGACCUUGGCCCAGUGCAUUGUGGGAGCAAUGCAAGUGCAUCUGUGACUGAAGAGCAAUAAGUGGUUCGUGAUGUAAAUUUCAGUCCUAAUUCUGUCAAUUCCCGCAGAAGGCCUAGUGAAGAGGAAGAUCGAAGAAGAUAAUGUGCUAAUGACUGAACUGACUGUGUAUGAACAUGACAAAUGGCUAGUCAGGAUUAAACCAUGCAUUCACUUUGCUAAUGCAUUCACAUCUAUCGUCUAGAAAGGAGUGCUUUUGAUUCUCCUUCAUUACAUGUCAUCAGCUCAAUUAACCAUUAUAUUUGUAGUAAAUGCUGGCAAAUUACUGCAUUCUCAUUUUGGCUUGCCUGGAGAUUUAUGUCUAUUAGUAUUAAUUUAUUUGCAUUACAUGGACUUUCUUUUCAAUUUUAAGAGCAGCAUGCACUUUUGUCUCUGAACGGUCUUUCUGUGUUUGCUGCCAUUUUGAUAUUUGCUUACUAACAUUUAAUAUAUUUUGCUUUUUUUUAUUUUGCUGGCAAAGUUGCAUUGAUGAAAGCUGAUUUGCAAGGUAGAUAGCCCUUGUGUAUAUUAAGCAAGACUGAAACCCAUAAUACGCAUUGGGAGCCAUCGGCCACAUCUGCACUGGUGUGUGUAAUGUUGCAUCGGAUUUUUCCACUCUUCCCCUUCCAAAAAAAUAACGAUGCAGGAACCUUCCUCUUACAGGAUAUUCUGCACAAAGGCUUUCAGUCUUGUGUCUAUCUGUAUAGUGAUUGCUUUAGUGCUUUGAUCAUGCCUUUUUCUUUCAAUUCUUUUCUUUAUUUUCCCGCUAGUGGUCUGGUUUAUGAUCUCUAGAAAUAGAAUAGCUUUGUUUCUCACGUGUAUGUCACUUUUGAGCAUGCUGGUGCGUUAAUUGGCGGAUCCCUCCCCCCAUAUAUAUAAUUAUAACGUAUAUAUAUUUAAUAAAAUGAGAAACCCUGCAUGAGAUAAUUUGAAGCAUGUGCAAAGAUACUUGCCAACAUUCCUGCUAAUAAAUCGAUACACAAUAUAUAGAUUUUUAAAUAAAUAAAGAAGCCAACCCAAACGUUCCUUGAUUUUCUACAGGCAUAGCUUUUCAUCAAAUCAUUUCUUGGAGAUGGCAGCACUUUUCCCCUCUAAGUUAAUUUUUAAUUUUAUGAUUAUUAUUUAGUUUUAGAUUCUGUUUUCCACUGUACCUUGCAGAACGCAUCAUGCUGGACAGAGAUAACAAAAGAUGUUGCAAUGAAAUGAAAUGUUGCAAAAGCAAUGUUUAUGACAACUCAUUUUGCUUGAGUUAACUCUCUACUUUGGUCAUAUUUCUGAAUGAGCUCAUCUCUUUGUGCCCCUCUGUGUUAACAAACCAAAGGCCAUAUGCCUAUUCAUAAAAGGUUUUAUAUAUAUAUAUAUAAAUGCAUAUGGCCAAUCCUGCUAUUGGUUCUUUUUCUUGGUUUGCUCUUUUACAUGUGAGAUGUUGGCAACUACCCUAUGUGAUCCAAUGGAAAAUGCAGUCGCAAUGAAAGACAAAAGCCCAAGUUUUAUUUUUCUGUGUGUAUUCUUGUUAGGACCCAGCACGACAUGUCAAGAGGACUCGUGUGCAAACCAAGGAGUCUGCUUGCAGCAAUGGGAUGGGUUCAGCUGUGACUGUAGCAUGACCUCUUUCAGUGGAACUCUGUGUAAUGACC